CAUCCAGCGGGGCUCUACUCGCCGGGAAGGCGGCGCCGGCGCCGGCGGCUCACGCUGUGCCCACUCCCGGGUGCUGUGCUCCGGUAGCGGGUGGGCUUCUCAAACCGUGACCGGCCGCGGCCCCUGCAGAGAGGUGGCCUCUGCAUCACAGUUUCUCAUUGCGGGGACGCUCCAGCACGUGCGACCCUUCUUUGGGGGUGUUCUUACUAGCGGCUGCCUAGCAGAGGGCACCCAACUUUGCCACCUUGAGGGUCGCCCUCGCUCAACGCGAGCUUGCUUGCUCAGCUGCACAACUAGGGACUCCGUGCUCCUGGCGGCGGAGCUGGUCCCCAGCCCGGCGCGCUGCGAGCAGAGGAUAGCUCUGGAGAAGUGGCGGGGAGCAGUAGCGGCAGCUGCCUCGAUUUCCCUUGCAGCGCUCUGAAGAGGAUCCUUGGAGCCCCUCCAGGCCCCGGGCGCUGGAUGACUGGCAGGAGAAACGCUCCCCGCAUCUGGUGAGCCUGCUCCCCACCGCGUCCCUGGGUGUCGUGGCUGAGACCCUGUGCGGGUGAACUAGACCUGGGGCAACACUGGACUGUCUGUGGGUGGUAUAGGUCUCGGUUAGGGUUACUCUGCAGGCAGCUGGGUGGGGACAGCCCGGCAGCCGCUCGAGUAGGAAUAGGACCACCGUCAGUGCGGAGGCGGUCGCAGUGGAGGUAGUGCACGGGCUGGAAGUUUGCGUCCUAGCCUUUGCCCAGAUCCGAGCGUGCCUUGGAAAGGAGUUGGAGUGUCCGGGUGUGCGAUCGGACAGUGGGCGAGCCUGAACCUCGGCCAGCACCUCUCAGGGCUGGUGUGUGAAAACUCGGCGUGGGUGCCCAUGUGGCUGUCCAGUUCAGUGUGAUUCAUGACGGAGGACUUGCCGCUGUACCCUCUCUCUCCUCGGUACUUUUCACACAUGAGGAGAAGGUGAGCUUCGUAGAAGACACGUUCCCAGAGUCAGAGACCCCUUGCCCACCAUGAAGGGAGCCUGCAUCCUUGCAUGGCUGUUCUCAAGCCUGGGAGUGUGGAGACUCGCCCGCCCUGAGACCCAGGAUCCCACCCAGUGCCAGAGAGCCGAGCAUCCUGUCAUCUCCUACAACGAAAUUGGCCCCUGGUUACGGGAGUUCAGAGCAGAGAAUGCUGUGGAUUUCUCGAGGUUAACAUUUGACCCAGGACAGAAGGAACUUAUCGUAGGAACAAGGAACUAUCUCUUCAGAUUACAGCUUGAAGAUCUGUCUCUCAUUCAGGCUGUGGAGUGGGAGUGUGAUGAAGCUACCAAGAAGGCCUGUUACAGCAAGGGCAAAUCGAAGGAGGAAUGCCAGAAUUAUAUCAGAGUGCUCUUGGUGGGCGGGGACCGGCUAUUCACCUGCGGGACCAAUGCUUUCACACCUGUCUGUACCAUCCGCUCGUUAAACAACCUGACUGAGAUCCACGAGCAGAUCAGCGGCAUGGCACGCUGUCCUUACAGUCUCCAGCACAAUUCAACAGCUCUGCUCACUGCCAGUGGGGAGCUUUAUGCUGCAACCGCCAUGGACUUCCCAGGGAGAGAUCCGGCCAUUUACAGAAGUCUGGGUUCACUGCCUCCUCUUCGAACUGCACAGUACAACUCCAAAUGGCUCAAUGAACCAAACUUUGUGUCUUCUUAUGACAUUGGCAACUUCACUUACUUCUUCUUCCGAGAAAAUGCUGUGGAGCAUGACUGCGGGAAGACCGUGUUCUCCAGGGCUGCCCGGGUCUGCAAGAACGAUAUCGGAGGGCGAUUCCUCCUGGAGGACACCUGGACCACCUUCAUGAAGGCUCGCCUCAACUGCUCCCGGCCUGGGGAGGUGCCGUUCUACUACAAUGAGCUGCAGGGCACCUUCUUCCUGCCAGAGCUGGACCUGAUCUAUGGCAUCUUCACCACCAACGUGAACAGCAUCGCUGCCUCUGCUGUGUGUGUCUUCAACCUGAGUGCCAUCUCGCAGGCCUUCAAUGGACCUUUCAAGUACCAGGAGAACUCUCGCUCAGCCUGGCUCCCUUAUCCCAACCCCAACCCAAAUUUUCAGUGCGGCACCAUGGACCAGGGCCUGUAUGUAAACCUGACAGAAAGAAACCUACAGGACGCUCAGAAGUUCAUUCUGAUGCAUGAGGUGGUACAGCCAGUGACCACUGUGCCCUCCUUCAUGGAGGACAACAGCCGCUUCUCCCACGUGGCCGUCGACGUGGUGCAGGGCAGGGACACACUCGUCCACAUCAUCUAUCUGGCCACAGAUUAUGGCACCAUCAAGAAAGUACGGGCUCCCCUGAGUCAGACCUCAGGCAGCUGUUUACUGGAAGAAAUCGAGCUUUUCCCAGAGAGGAGGAGGGAGCCCAUCAGGAGCCUGCAAAUCCUCCACAGCCAGAGCGUCCUGUUUGUGGGACUACAGGAACAUGUAGCCAAGAUCCCACUGAAGAGGUGCCACUUCCACCAAACACGCAGUGCCUGCAUUGGUGCCCAGGACCCGUACUGUGGCUGGGAUGUGGUGAUGAAGAAGUGCACGAGCCUGGAGGAGAGUCUGAGCAUGAUGCAGUGGGAGCAGAGCAUCUCCACCUGUCCGACCAGAAACCUCACUGUGGAUGGGAGCUUUGGCCCGUGGUCUCCAUGGACACCCUGUACACACACAGAUGGCACUGCUGUGGGAUCCUGCCUCUGCCGGUUGCGCUCCUGUGACAGCCCAGCUCCACGGUGUGGUGGCUGGCAGUGUGAGGGCCCUAGGAUGGAGAUCACCAACUGUUCCAGGAACGGAGGCUGGACUCCCUGGACCUCUUGGUCACCCUGCAGCACUACCUGUGGCAUUGGCUUCCAGGUGCGGCAACGGUCCUGCAGCAACCCCACACCCAGGCAUGGAGGCCGCGUGUGUGUGGGCCAGAACCGGGAGGAAAGAUACUGCAAUGAACAUCUGCUCUGCCCACCGCAUGUCUUCUGGACAGGCUGGGGACCUUGGGAGCGGUGCACGGCCCAGUGCGGGGGUGGCAUUCAAGCCCGUCGUAGGACCUGUGAAAAUGGGCCCGACUGUGCAGGAUGUAAUGUGGAGUACCAGCCCUGUAACACUAACGCGUGCCCAGAGCUGAAGAAGACCACGCCGUGGACGCCCUGGACACCUGUGAACAUCUCGGACAACGGUGGUCACUAUGAGCAGCGCUUCCGAUACACUUGUAAAGCCCGCCUGCCGGAUCCCAACCUGCUGGAAGUGGGGAGGCAGAGGAUUGAAAUGCGGUACUGUUCCAGUGAUGGUACCAGCGGCUGCUCCACAGAUGGACUUUCUGGAGACUUUCUACGAGCGGGAAGAUACUCUGCCCAUACUGUCAAUGGGGCCUGGUCAGCCUGGACUUCCUGGUCCCAGUGCAGCCGAGACUGCAGCAGAGGCAUUCGGAACCGGAAGCGUGUUUGCAACAACCCAGAACCCAAGUAUGGGGGCAUGCCAUGCCUUGGCCCGUCUCUGGAAUUCCAGGAGUGCAACAUUUUACCCUGUCCAGUGGAUGGUAUGUGGUCCUGCUGGUCAUCCUGGUCUAAAUGCUCAGCAACCUGCGGGGGUGGACACUACAUGAGAACCCGUUCUUGUACGAAUCCAGCCCCAGCCUACGGAGGGGACAUCUGCCUGGGACUGCACACGGAGGAGGCACUCUGCAAUACACAGACCUGUCCAGAGAGCUGGUCAGAGUGGUCCGAAUGGUCUGUGUGUGAUGCCUCUGGCAUCCAGGUCCGUGCUCGGCAGUGUAUUCUUCUGUUUCCUGUGGGCAGCCAGUGUUCUGGAAAUACCACAGAGAGUCGGCCAUGUGUGUUUGACUCUAAUUUCAUCCCAGAAGUGUCUGUGGCAAGAUCCAGCAGCGUGGAAGAGAAACGGUGUGGAGAGUUCAACAUGUUCCACAUGAUGGCCGUGGGACUCAGCAGUUCCAUCCUCGGCUGCCUCCUUACCCUGCUUGUCUACACCUACUGCCAGCGGUACCAGCAGCAGUCCCAUGAUGCAACUGUCAUCCACCCUGUCUCCCCUGCUGCUCUCAACAGCAGCAUAACUAACCACAUCAACAAACUGGAGAAAUAUGAUUCAGUGGAGGCCAUCAAGGCAUUUAACAAAAACAACUUGAUCCUAGAGGAGAGAAACAAAUACUUCAGCCCCCAUCUCACUGGGAAGACCUAUUCCAACGCCUACUUUACAGAUCUCAACAAUUAUGACGACUACUAGCUGCUCUUUCGCUUCUGGCUCCUUGGAAACUCUCUGCUUCCCAAAGCCGUGCUCCAUGACUGCCCUUGUUUCUGAGGCUUCAGAGAUAAAGUGUGGAUCCAUUUCAAGUGCAUUUCAAGUCAGGACUUUCCCAUCGCUACAAAAGAUGCACACCCCUAGGCACCUACGUGUUGGGCUGUGGCAGUCUGGUCUGCAGCGAACAUUUGAUUGUUGCUAAGUGAGCCGUGCUGUGAAGUUUCGCAUUGUGCUCCUCCCAGACUCUAACUGGUCUCUUGUUUCAUGAGUUUAAUUUCAUAAAUGUGCCAACCAUGUUAGAAAGUGUCUUCAGAAAUGUAACAUCUUCAUGCAGGGCUUCGUGAUGUUUUAAUUUGAAAACAGACAAACAAACAACAAAAAGCCAGGCACUUUAUCUGGGAGAUCCCUUCCCUCGCAGGGUCCAUUGUAAUUCAAAGAAUGAAGAUAUGACUGUGGCCAACUCUCCCAACCUGGGUUACUCGGUGGGUUCUUGGAAAGAGCUUGCUUGCACUAGAAGUGAUUCCUGCCCAGGGAAGACCAGGAUCCCGCCUGCCCGGGACCUGCCGAGUUGUGGUCCCCUUGCUGUGGUCUGGGAUCCUGACUGUCAUCACUGUGCAGCGGACACAUGAAACAGAGAACAGACAGCGAGAUACACAGCAGUGUUCUGCGGUUUGCAGCGAAACUAGCCUUACUCCGACUUUCCGAUUCUGUGGCAUUCCAGGGAGCUCCUUGCCAUGCUAUAGGCCUGCAGGCCACCGGCCUGGGCAGUGGGACUGUGCCGAAGAGCCAGUCCUAGCAUUGGGGUACACUCCGUGCCCUUCUCUCCCUCCCUGUGAAAAAAGUUCUUGAGCAUUAUGAUGCCAGUUAUGGAAAACUUUGAAAGUACCAAACUGUAUGGAAAGCUACUCUUUAUUUUUCUGUGUUAUGCAGUGUUGAGUGAACUGAUGUUUAUUGACAAACAUUUUUUUGUAUUCAGCAUCUUUGAUGUGUUUAAUGUUCAUCAAUGGGCCCCUAUCAAGAGCAUUAAAGGUGUCUAAAGCUGUUCUCCUGGACCUUAGCACGGUCACACUGGACUGACACUCCAGUACCCUGGUCCCCUUGUUCGUUCCCUGUUGCCCCCAGUCUGGAGGAGGCAGAGGCUCUGGCAACUUUACAUCAGUGCUGUCUUCCUGUGCAUCCUGCCUAGCGGGUCCCACUUCUGCCCCAAGGCAGUAGCAGUCAAAAUGUACCUUGAGAGGUCACAGGCACUCUAGUGACCCUUCUGCUCUCAGUCAUGGGGGACUGUUGAAGGAGACUCAUUACCAGCUGAUACAGAGUAUAUGGGUAUUGAUUGAAUGCUUUUGAAAAGCAAUGACAAACUAGUUUGUGCCCCUAGCCACUAUGGCAAAGACCUGAGUAGGCACUCAUACGUGUGUUUACGAGAAAAUAAACUUUCACAUCUAUGCAAACGUGUAGCAUGGGGAGGAGAGAUUACAGGGUUUUAUGAGUGUGUUUCCCCUAUCAAAUAUAAAGAAACAAUCUCAGA